UGCUGAGCGCCCUGCCGGCCGGCCGGACGGACGGACCCAUGGCCGGCGCGCGCCCCGGGGUCCACGCGCUGCAGCUGGAGCCCCCCACCGUCCCCGACCUCCUACGGCGGGGCAGCAAGUUCAUCAAGUGGGACGAGGAGGCCUCCAGUCGGAAUCUGGUGACCCUGCGUGUCGACCCCAAUGGCUUCUUCCUCUACUGGACUGGGCCCAACAUGGAAGUGGACACGCUGGACAUCAGUUCCAUCAGGGACACUCGAUUUGGCCGCUAUGCCCGGUUGCCCAAGGAUCCAAAGAUCCGGGAGGUGCUAGGUUUCGGGACCCCCGAAACCCGACCGGAGGAGAAGCUGGUGACUGUGGUCUCUGGCCCGGAUCCGGUCAACACGACCUUCCUCAACUUCAUGGCCGUGCAGGACGACGUUGCCAAGGUCUGGGCGGAUGGGCUCUUCCAACUGGCCAUGAACAUCUUGGCGCAGAACGCCUCUCGUAACACCUUUCUGCGCAAAGCGUACACCAAGCUGAAGCUUCAGGUGAAUCAGGACGGGAGGAUCCCGGUCAAAAAUAUCCUGAAGAUGUUCUCCGCUGACAAGAAGCGAGUGGAGACGGCGCUGGAGUCCUGUGGCCUCAACUGCAACCGGAGCGAGUCAAUCCGGCCGGACGAGUUUCCUCUGGAGAUCUUUGAGCGGUUCCUCAACAAGCUGUGUCUGCGGCCUGACAUAGACAAGAUCCUCCUGGAGAUAGGGGCCAAGGGGAAGCCGUACCUCACCCUGGAACAGCUGCUGGACUUCAUCAACCAGAAGCAGAGGGAUCCGCGCCUCAACGAGGUCCUGUACCCGCCGCUACGCCCCGCUCAGGCCCGCCUGCUCAUCGAGAAGUAUGAGCCCAACCGCCAGUUCCUGGAGCGCGACCAGAUGUCCAUGGAGGGCUUCAGCCGCUACCUGGGCGGAGAGGAGAACAGCAUCGUGCCACCCGAGGCCCUGGACCUGAGGGACGACAUGACCCAGCCACUGAGCUCCUACUUCAUUAACUCUUCCCACAAUACCUACCUCACAGCGGGGCAGCUGGCGGGGGCCUCGUCGGUGGAGAUGUACCGGCAGGUGCUGCUGUGGGGCUGCCGCUGCGUGGAGCUGGACGUGUGGAAGGGCCGCCCGCCCGAGGAAGAGCCCUUCAUCACCCACGGCUUCACCAUGACCACCGAGGUGCCCCUGCGCGACGUGCUGGAGGCCAUCGCCGAGACGGCCUUCAAGACCUCCCCCUUCCCCGUCAUCCUGUCCUUCGAGAACCACGUCGACUCGGCGAAGCAGCAGGCCAAGAUGGCGGAGUACUGUCGCAGCAUCUUUGGAGAUGCCCUGCUCAUUGACCCACUGGAUAAAUACCCGCUGGCGGCCGGAGUGUCCUUGCCCAGCCCCCAGGACCUGCUGGGCCGGAUCCUGGUGAAGAACAAGAAGCGUCACCAGCCGGCCCUGGGCUGCGCCGAGGGCUCAGUGCGCAAGCGGCCUUUGGAGCAGAGCAACUCGGCCCUGAGUGAGACCUCGCUGGCCACCGAGCCCCCCUCUCCGCAGCUGGGGAGCCCCAGCCCCGAGAGCUGCCCCUCUCUGAGCAACGGGGAGGAGCGGUCGGCCGAGAAGUUGGGGCGCAGCCUGGAGUCCCGAAAAUCGAUUGACCGAGAGGCGGAGAGCGAUGAUGAGGAAGAGGAGGAGCAGGUGGAUCCCAAGAAACCCACCACAGAUGAGGGUACGGCCAGCAGCGAGGUGAACGCCACAGAGGAGAUGUCGACGCUCGUCAACUACAUCGAACCUGUCAAGUUCAAGUCCUUCGAAGCGGCUCGGAAGCGGAACAAGUGCUACGAGAUGUCGUCCUUUGUGGAAACCAAAGCCCUGGAGCAGCUCACGAAAAGUCCCAUGGAGUUUGUGGAAUACAACAAGCAGCAGCUCAGCCGCAUCUACCCCAAGGGCACGCGGGUGGACUCCUCCAACUACAUGCCCCAGGUCUUCUGGAACGCCGGCUGCCAGCUCGUCGCCCUCAACUUCCAGACCCUCGACCUGCCGAUGCAGCUGAACGCGGGGGUGUUUGAGUACAACGGCCGCAGCGGCUACCUCCUGAAGCCCGAGUUCAUGCGGCGCCAGGACAAGUCCUUCGACCCCUUCACGGACGGCAUCGUGGACGGGAUUGUGGCCAAUGCCGUCAGGGUCAAGGUCAUCUCGGGCCAGUUCCUGUCGGACCGACGGGUGGGCAUCUACGUGGAGGUGGAUCUGUUCGGCCUCCCCGGGGACACGCGCCGCAAAUACCGCACCAAGCCCUCGCAGGGGAACUCCUUCAACCCCGUCUGGGACGAGGAACCCUUCGACUUCCCCAAGGUGGUGCUGCCCACCCUGGCAUCGCUUCGCAUCGCCGCCUUCGAGGAGGGGGGCAAGUUCGUGGGGCACCGGAUCCUGCCCGUCUCCGCCAUCCGCUCAGGAUAUCACUACAUCUGUCUCCGCAACGAGGCCAACCAGCCCCUGUGCUUACCGGCCCUGCUUAUCUACACGGAGGCCUCCGACUACAUCCCCGAUGAUCACCAGGAUUACGCCGAGGCCCUGAUCAAUCCCAUUAAACACGUGAGCCUGAUGGACCAACGGUCAAAGCAGCUGGCGGCCCUCAUUGGGGAGAGCGAGGCUGACUCGGAGAUGCCCCAGGAGCCCCCUCCGCAGCAGCCGGGCCCCCCGCUGUCGGCUGGGCCGUCCCCCAAACCACUGGAGUCCUCCCCUCGCCGCCUUCACCCCACCGCCUCCUCUGCCAGCAGCCCUUCCAUCAGUAGCCCAGGCCAACGAGAUGACCUCAUCGCCAGCGUCUUGGGAGACGUGUCCCCGACGCCGCUGGGCGAGCUGCGGGGCCACAAGGCCCUGGUGAAGCUGCAGGGCCGGCAGGAGCGGGACCGGCGAGAGCUGCAGCGGAAGCAGCAGAGGAAGGCGGCCACGCUCACGCGCCGGCUCCUGGCUCAGCUGCAGCAGCAGCGCGACGAGCUGUCGAGGCGAUCCGCUCAGGCCCAGCGCGCCGGACGGGACCCCGGGGCCUUGGAGGAAGAAGAGUGGAGGAAGUACCGGCAGCUGCAGAAGAAGCAGCUUCAGAGUCUCCUGGAGCUCAGAGAGGCCCAGGUGGAAGCGGAGGCCGACCGGAGACAGGAACACCUGAGACAGACCCAGCAGCGACUCCGGGAGACUGUUCUGGAAGCCCAGGACUCUCAGCUGAAGAAGCUCAAGGAGACGAGUGAGAGGGAGAAGAAGGAGCUGCAGAAGAUCCUGGAACGGAAGAGGCACAACAGCAUCUCCGAGGCCAAGAAGCGGGAGAAGAACCGGAAGGAGGUGGAGCUGACGGAGAUUAACCGGAGACACAUCACCGAAUCGGUCAACUCCAUCCGCAGGCUGGAGGAGGCCCAGAAGCAACGCUGGGAGCGUCUUGUGGCCGGGCAGCAGCAGGUGGUCCAGCAGGUGGAUGAGGAGGAGACGAAGCUGCUGGCCCAGCUAGCCCAGGAGUGCCAGGCGCAGAGGGCACGGUUGCCCCAGGAGAUUCGCCAGAGCCUGCGGGACGGGCUGCAGGGCGCCGAGGAGGAGCAGGGCCCCGCCGACGGGCACGCCCCUGCCAGGGGGGCCAGCAACGGGCACGCCCCGGGGAGCGGCGGUGGUGGCGGCGGCGGCGGUGGCCCCCUGGGCGGGCUCGGCCCCGACAGCCACGAGGAGAACACCCAGCUCUGAGCCCGGCCCCUGGCUCGGGGAACCGGGCCCACGGGGCCCACGGGGCCCCGGCCUCAAAGGAGGGCUCUGAAGACACUAAACUCCGUUCUUAAAACUUUUUAUUUUCGUUUUUUUUUUUUUGAAAUUGUUUAUUUUUUUAAAUUCCAGGCCCAGGGCCUCUCCUCCUCCAUCGUCCAUCUGUAGUCUCCCCCUCACCGCCCCUCCUGCGGCGCUGGCCCGGGAAGGGCGGGCAGCGGUUUCCCGUCCCCGAGCGGGGCUGUCUUUCCCCCCCCACCACCCGCUUUCAAUUUCCGUAAGACCCUCCUGGCCUCCCCCGCUCCCCGUGGGCCCCGGAGCUGCGGCUCUGAGCGGUGGGACGAAGGAGGGGGGAGCCGCCCCUGAGGUGUCACGGUCAGCGUCGUCCUUUUGGGUUUUUUUGUAUCAAUAAAAGUGGAUUU